AUGCAGGCCGGCAACAUCCUCCAGAUCCCCUUCAGACGCACGCAUAGCAUCACUCUCUCAGAAGCCAUCCGAAACCACAUCUCGACCAAGUACGAUCAGCAUCCAAACGAGUUCGCACGAGAUCUUGAAAUCAUCGAUCAGCUUCGCAGAGAUGCAGUCAAUGCGCUCGAGCCGCAUAGCAGCGGCGUCAAGAAGAUCCAGUCCUAUGCGGCACAGCUCGUCUACAUGGGAGGGAAGUUCCCGGUCGAUAUAGGCGCAAACUUCGUCUGGUAUCCCUCAUUUGGCUACCAUGUCGACAGACCGCAGACUGAGAACAACAUACGCUUCGAGCUCGCCAACGUCCUCUUCAACCUCGCCGCGAUGUACUCGCAGCUCGCCAUCUCUUCCAAUCGAGCCACUGGAGAUGGUCUGAAGACAGCUGCCAACAACUUCUGCUUCGCCGCAGGCACAUUCAAGCACUUGCGAGAGAACGUGGUCCCAGACAUGCGAGCAGCACCACCCGAGAACCUUGAUCCGAGCACGCUGGAAGCCUUAGAAGCGCUGAUGCUCGCCGAAGCUCAGGAAUGUUUCUGGCAAAAAGCUGUCAAGGACGGCAUGAAAGACGCCAUCAUUGCCAAGCUCGCAGCUAAGGUCAGCGAUCUGUACAAUGAUGCCAACGACUGGAGCCUGAAGUCGGAAAGCAUACGGAGCGAGUGGAUACAUCAUGUCAAUGCAAAACAUCAUCACUUCGCCGCGGCUGCACAGUACCGCGCUGCAUGCGAUUGUCUAGAGAAGAGGAAGUACGGCGAGGAGGUCGCCAGGCUCAGGGAUAGUCUGAACUGCGUCAAUCUGGCUUUGGCUGAGUCGCGACACGUCAACAAGGCAGUACAAGGAGACUUGAAUGGGCUCAAGAACAGAGUCUCGGAGGAUUUGAAAAGAGCUGAGAAGGACAAUGACACAAUCUAUCUCCAACCCGAGCCUCCCAAGAGUGAGCUCAGACCGUUAGACCGAGCAGGAAUGGUGCAGUCACGAGUGCCUAAGGAAGUCGCUGAAUCGCAAAAGAUGCUCGAGGAUCAUGCGGAGUUAGGAAAGCCACUCUUCAGUAAGCUUGUUCCUUACAGCGUACAUGUCGCGGCAUCCAUCUAUGCCGACAGGAGAGAUCGACUGGUCAACAACACCAUCAUCUCGGAACUCGAAGCCAUGACCGCUCGAAUACACGAGCUACUGUCAAGCCUCAAUCUGCCAGGAUCACUGCAGGCACUGGAGAAGCCGCUUGGACUGCCACCAGGCCUUGCAAGCCACGCAGAUGAGGUCCGUCAAGCAGGUGGCGUGCAUCGAUUGCACAACACCAUUGCAGACACAGAAAAGCUCAAGGCCAAUAACCGCGUCCUUUAUCAAGAAGGCAUUGACUCGCUGCGAACAGAAGCUGGUGAAGACGAAGCUGCUCGAAGAAAGUUCGGCACCGAUCGGUGGACACGACCUGCUGGUAAAGAUGUGCAGCCGAAGCUGUAUCAGCAGGUCAACGAUAUAGAUGGAUGGCUCAAGGCAGCUGACCAAACGGACAAGACUGUGCAGGCCAAGCUUCGGGAAAAUGAGUCGCUCAUCAGACUACUUAGCGGUAACGAUCGCGAUCUGGAGGACUACGUGCCCUCGUCGAGACGCGCAACGAUGACAGCAAAGGUAGAGCGAGAAGCAAAUCAACUGCGGGCAACGCUCAACGAGAUUAGCCGGCUAGAAAGCCGCAGAAGGAAGAAAGUCGAAACUCUUCGUUUGAAGACGAAAGCGGAUGAUGUGAAUCAAGACCUCCUUCGAGAAGCUGCUCGGCUCGAGCGUGAAUUUCCGAUGAUGCCAGUCCAGGCAUCACAAUUCGAAAAUCUAUUCGACGAACGACUCAAGAAGUACGACAGUGACCAGAGUUCGUUGAAGACGGAGGAGCGCGAGCAAGACCAGCUUCUGAGCCGAGUGGAGCAAGCAAAUCAGUCUUUUCAGGCGGCGAAGCGAGGAGAUUCGAGCUCCAAAGAGCGCGAGAUGGCACUUCAAAAUCUUGAGAAUGCAUACACCGCCUACAAAGAGAUCAUGCGCAAUCUCGAGACGGGACGAAAAUUCUACAACGAUCUCGCAGCGAUUACCACGCGGUUCCGAGACGAAUGCCGAAAUUUCCACUAUUCUCGGCGACAAGAAGCGAGUGGGCUUGAGACGGAUCUGUCGACGGCCAUGGCUGGUCUGCAAUUACAGCAAGAUACUCAACAGAGCUUGCUUCAUCAAAGAGCUGCCGAAGCUGCGAGUCGAAGAGGUAGUGUGCAGCCCGCCGCGCCUCCAGAAGCACCUCUCGCAGCACCCAUGCCACAGCGAGUCAGUGCUAACCCGCCUCCCGUCGCUGCUGUACAGAGCCCACCCAUGCCGCAGAACCAGACUUGGAACGAGAACAUGCCUAUUGUCUUUGGAGCUCCAGCCGGAGGACAGCCAAAAGCGCCUGUGGGAGGGACUUGGGAUCCGAGUAAAGGCAUGCAUUUCGGGAAGUGAGAACUCAGUCAUGAUCGGAUGAUGAAUGAUAGAUACCAUGAUACCUUACAAUGCUAUAACUCACAAAACUUCUGAUCCUGUG